AGGUGACUGCUUGUGUUUCAGGUUCACCAGGUCCAGAUGGAGGACGUGGUCCGAGGGAUCCAGGCAGACAUGACCAGACUGUCCAAGAGUCACAGCCACACCUCCAACACGGUCAGCAAGCUGCUGGACAAGAGCCGAAAGUUGUCCGUGACCAUGAAGGAGGUCCGCGAGAGGAUGGAGCGUCAAGGUGCCCAGGUGAAGAGGCUGGAGGCAAACCACGCCCACCUGGUCAGCAGGAACAACUUUAAAGUGCUCAUCUUCCAGGAGGAGAAGGAGAUCCCUACCUCCGUUUUCGUGAAGGAACCUCCUCCGUUCCCUCGGGAUGAGAUCCCAGAGGAAGGAGAGCCGUCGGCUCCUGGGGUCAGCGACGUGAAACCGGAGGGCGGCUUCCACACCAUCGACCUGUCUUCUGACGAGGACGUUGGUCUGGAGGCCGACAUGGAUGAAGACGAGCCGUGGCCUCAGGAUCUGGACAGCAUGGACACGUCCACAGCGGAUAAACUGAAGAGGUCCAGCCUGAAGAAGGUGGACUCUCUGAAGAAAGCCUUCUCCAGGCAGAACAUUGAGAAGAAGAUGACCAAGAUCGGGACAAAGAUAGUUUCUGCUGAGCAACGUGAGAAGAUCAAGCAGAGAACGGCCAGCCUGAAGGUGUCUCCUCUGACCUUUGGGAUGAGGAAGGCUCGCAGCAGCUCAGACUCUCAGCCUCCUGAUGGAGCAACCAGGGAGUCCCUCUCUGCUGAGGUGGACCUCCAACUCUCUCCUCCAUCCUCCACCCAGCAGGAGGUCCCCUUCACUGAGGUCCACGCCCAGCUGGCUCCUGCUGACCAUCAGGGAGGACUCCCUGAGGAGGAGGCAAAGAGGGAGGAGCAGGAGGAGGCUGUGGUGGAGAACAUGGAGGAGCUGAAGGUGGAGAAGGAGGAGGAGGUCAGGGAGGAGGUGAAGGAAGGUUUAGUGGUGGUGGAGGCAGACGUGUCGGUGGUCUCUGAGGGACUCAGUGAGGAGUACGCUCUGUCCUCCACCCUCCCUCAUGGGAGAGGAGAAGAUGAGGAGAAGGAGGAGGACGCCUAAAGGAAAGGGGGGGUGAGGAGAAACCAAAUCCAACCUUCAGAGGUUCUUCUAGGAACCAUGAAGACAACUAAAGAUUCUUCUGCUUUUCUCCUUGAACUAGAGUUCUCCUAACGUCUCCUCAGAUAAAACCUCCAGCCUUUCAGAGAUCUGGACCACAGACCAAACAGGAAGAACUUCUUGAGGUGUUCCUUUAGGUCCAUAGGACCUCCACCGCUUCAUAUCUUUGAAACCUUCCUUUGUUUUCUGUUGAGUCUCAGGUCUGGAGGAUCAUCUGGAACCUUAUGGGAACCAAACCAGCCCCCAGGUUCCUUCAAACCUUCUUCUUUCCAUCAUCCAGCUUCAUUCCCACCAGAGAACCAUCAUCCAGGUUCCUCUCUACCAGCAGACCAUGGAUCUCCACCUCCUUCUUGAUGUUUGGAACAUCCUCUGAAGGUCUCUUCUUCUAAUGUCUUUCCUGAAGGUCUUCCUCAGGUUGGUCCACCUUCACCGCAGUCCGGUUAGGUUCCUUCAGUCUUCAGGUUGAUGCUCCUUCCUCAGAUCUCCUCGUUCCAUAAAGUUCCCGUCCAGGACCGUUCCAUUGGUCCUGAUAAUGUUGUAGAGCUUCCCUCCAGGGUUCUUCUGAUGAUCCUCAGGUUCACGCAUACUAAGAAGGGAAUACCCUGCGUGGUCUCCAAAGUUCCUCUGCAGUCCACCCAGGGUGCUCCUACAUUCCAAAGGAGUUCCUCCACAUUCCCAUUCAGGAGUUUUCCAAAAGCUUCUCCUGCUGAGGUUACUCCAAAGGUUUCUGUCUGCUCCUACCUCGGUGCCGCCACCGUUCUCCUCAUGUUCUCCUCAUGUUCUCCUCAUGUUCUCCUCAUGUUCUCCUCAUGUUCUCCUCAUGUUCUCCUCAUGUUCUCCUCAUGUUCAUCAGGAACCCAGAGGGAGCUCCAUCUCUCCCUGAACGUUCUGCCAUAGCCUCUGAACCUCCUUCCUAGAGGUUCUGCUCUGCACCAGUCAUGUAGACUGAAGGCCUGGAGGUUCUCCACACAGUGUGGAGAACGUUGGUGUGGAACCAACUGAAGAUGGUUCAUUUCUCUGGCCAAAGACUGUUUCUUUCUCUGUAUCGUUUCCUGUGUUACUCAAUCACCUCCUGACCAAUAAAAGCUCACCUACAGCU